AUGCACUUUAUUCUCACAGCCACAUCCUCGAAUAUCACUCUUCAUGCGAAGAAUCUUCAUAAUACAAGCAGGGUGUCCAUGAUUUCUGCGAAUGACUCUUUCGAGCCAAUUCUCAUCAGUACCCGCUUUCACCCAGAAACCGUCGAAUUCACCUUCCUACGGCCCCUACCCAAGGGACAAUACCUGCUCACUAUCGGUGAAUACAGCGGCCAUUUCACCGACGGCUCUACAGGAGUGAUUCAACGGAAUCAGAAACUCUUCACCACCCAUCUACAGCCGAAUUUCGCCCGACAACUGCUACCAUGCAUUGAUCACCCGUCUGUGAAAGCUGUGUUCAGAGUCACUGUCAUUCAUCGAGUAGGCACACAGGCUCAGUCGAACACCAUUGCCACGGAUGUCUCUGUGGUGAACACCACAUGGCAGAAGACCGUCUUCGCUCCGACACCACCACUUCCUGCCUAUUUGGUCACUUUCUCGGUGAUGCCGCCCAGCUAUCAAGAGCUUGAGCGCCAGACUUCGUUUGGCGUCACCGUACGCGUACAUGCGACGACGCUCGCGACGGCGCGACGAGUUCUCGACACGGCUGUCGCCUCGUUCGAAUUACUCGCAAAUAUCAUGGAAAUUCCACUACCGCUGAAUAAGGUUCAAUUUUUCCAUAUAUAA